CGGGAGCUUGAUGUUGAUAAAGUAAAGCGCCGGAGUGCGGGCGAAGCAUGUGUAGGGCUCCGGGUCCCUGUCUCCGCCGCCGCCGCCGUCCGCGCCUCCCGCCGCUGGCCCGCCCCGGCCCCGGCCCGCGCCCCCGCGCCCCGCCGGCCUCCCGCGCGAGAUGAUGGACGGCCGCCUCCUGGAGCAUCCGCAUGCCCAGUUCGGGGGCUCGCUGGGCGGCGUGGUGGGCUUCCCCUACCCGCUGGGCCACCACCACGUGUACGAGCUGGCCGGCCACCAGCUGCAGUCGGCCGCCGCCGCCGCGGUGCCCUUCUCCAUCGACGGCCUGCUCAGCGGCUCGUGCGCCGCCGCCGCCGCCUCGGUGGUGAACCCCACGCCGCUGCUGCCGGCCGCCUGCGGGGUGGGCGGCGACAGCCAGCCCUUCAAGCUGUCAGACUCGGGGGACCCGGACAAGGAGAGCCCGGGCUGCAAGCGGCGGCGCACCCGCACCAACUUCACCGGCUGGCAGCUGGAGGAGCUGGAGAAGGCGUUCAAUGAGAGCCACUACCCCGACGUGUUCAUGCGCGAGGCCCUGGCGCUGCGCCUGGAUCUGGUCGAGUCCCGAGUUCAGGUCUGGUUCCAAAACCGCCGCGCCAAGUGGAGGAAGAAGGAGAACACCAAGAAGGGCCCGGGGCGGCCGGCGCACAACUCCCACCCGACCACGUGCAGUGGGGAGCCGAUGGACCCGGAGGAGAUCGCGCGCAAGGAGCUGGAGAAGAUGGAGAAAAAGAAGCGGAAGCACGAGAAGAAGCUGCUCAAGAGCCAGAGCCGCCACCUGCACUCGCCCGGCGGCCUGUCCCUGCACAGCGCGCCCAGCUCCGACAGCGACAGCGGCGGCGGCGGCCUGUCACCGGAGCCGCCCGAGCCGCCGCCGCCUGCCGCCGCGGCCAAGGGCCCCGGAGCGCACGGCGCUGGCGCGGCGGGAGCACCGCCCGCACCGCCUGGUGAGCCGCCUGCGCCCGGCACCUGCGACCCCGCCUUUUUCCCGAGCCAAAGAAGCGGCGCUGGCCCGCAGCCGCGGCUAGGCCGCCCCGUGGACAAGGACGCGGCCCCGUGUGCACCCGGGGCAGUGGCGGCUGAGCGCGGGGCCUCGGGCCCGCCCAAGGCCAGCCCGUUCAGCGUGGAGAGCCUGCUGUCCGACUCGCCGCCGCGCCGGAAAGCGCCCCCCGCCAACGCGGCUGCCGCGGGGCUGGACUUCACACCCGGGCUGCCGUGCGCGCCGAGGACCCUCAUCGGCAAGGGCCACUUUCUGCUUUAUCCCAUCACGCAGCCGCUCGGCUUCCUGGUGCCGCAGGCCGCACUCAAGGGCGGCGCGGGCCCUGAGCCCGCGCCCAAGGAUGCGCCUCCCGCGCCCUCCGUGCCGCCCGCUCCGCCUGCCCAGGCCAGCUUCGGGUCCUUCCAGGGGCCAGGCGGCGCUCCGGACUCGGCCUUUGCGCGCCGCAGCCCCGACGCUGUCGCCUCCCCGGGGGCCCCAACCCCGGCGCCUUUUCAGGAUGCCGCGGCCUCGGCCGAGGGCGGCGGUGGGGACUGCGCGGAUGCGGGCACCGCCUGCCCAGCGGCCCCGCCGCCGCUCGCGCCGUCGCCCGGGCCUGGCUUGCCGGCUCCCAGCCCCGCUGCAGAGCCAGCCGUCGGCGGGGCCCCCGAGCCAGGCGCCUCGACGGGACCCAGCGCGCUGGAUGGCGAGGAGCUGGCCAUGGACUGAGGGCGCGGCGGGCCGGGGAGGCGCUCAGCCGGCCUGUGCCCGCUCGCUCAGGCUCCGGCUCACACAGCAGAAUCAGGUGAUCGGCUUCGAAACACUGCUCUUUCCUCUUUCUUCCGUUUCCUUCCUUUUACUUUUAUUAUUAUUAUUUUUUUUUUUUUAAGAAAAACGCUGUUAUCAGUUCGGAUGUAGGCAGCAACCCAGGACCGGGGGGUUGAGACCCUCCUCCUCUCAAAGGAGCACAAAAAAAAAGAAAAGAAAAGAAAGCCCCACCCCCACAGAACCCACAACGAGAAUCCUCAGCCUCGUAAAAUGCAAAAAUGUCUAAGAAUAUUUAUAUAUGUACCAUUUUUUA